AUGGCGCUCCCUCUCCCCCCAGGGCUGGUCCCUUCCGAAGUAGCUUUCCUAUGCGAAAUGGAACACGUCACAAUCGUUCCUAGGCAAAGACUCGAAAGCAUUGAGCUUCUCUCGGGUGCCACGCCCUCCCUCCGACCCCCUCGCCGGGAGGACAUCCCCCUCUGGCUGGCCCUGCUGCUCAAGAAGCAGCGCCGAGCCAACAUCCUGCCGCCGCCCUGGCUGCACGUCGACUCCCUCCGCGACCUGAUCCAUCACGAGACCGUCACCGACCCAACGGGCUGGUCCCUGCCGCCCCCUCCCCCCGUCCGAGCCGACGGCAGAGGAAACGCGCGCAGGCUCAACUCGGACGCGACCACCGUCCUGUCCCCGCCCUUCCUCCCCUCGUGCACGUCCAGCGCGCCCGCGGGGGCCCUGCCGUACCACUGGUUCGAGUUCGCCGAGAUGCUGCUCGCCCACGCCAGCGACGACGUCCCCUCCGCGUCCGACGUCCGCUCGCUCCUGCGCGACCUGCAGGAGGUCCGCGCCGCCAAGAUGAGGACCAGCAUAGCCGGGCUCGAGAGCGGCGUCGACGGCGUCAUGAGCCUGCUGGGUGUCGGGGCCAUGGAGCUCUCCGAGAGUCGCGGGUUCGUCACGGGCGUGGUCGAGGGCGUGCGGAAGCUGGGGGCCAGCGCGGAGGCUUCGCGGCGGGAGGAGGAGGAGGAGCGUGGCGGUGCUGAUGACGAUGAGCCGAGCGAUGAUGACAUGGGGAUCUGA